AUGUCUCGUCCACAAGUUACUGUUCAAUCAUUGACUGGUGAAGCCACCUCCAGUGCUUUGCCAUUACCAGCUGUUUUUUCUGCUCCAAUUCGUGCUGAUAUUGUUCGCACUGUUUUCACUUCUGUUAACAAGAACAAGAGACAAGCUUACGCUGUUGCUUCCAACGCUGGUGAACAAACAUCUGCUGAGUCCUGGGGUACUGGUCGUGCUGUUGCCCGUAUUCCACGUGUUGGUGGUGGUGGUACCCACAGAUCCGGUCAAGCUGCAUUUGGUAACAUGUGUCGUGGUGGUCGUAUGUUUGCUCCAACCAAGACCUGGAGAAAAUGGAAUGUCAAAGUUAACCACAACGAAAAGAGAUAUGCUACUGCCUCUGCUAUUGCUGCCUCUGCCGUUUCCUCUUUAGUUUUGGCUAGAGGUCACAGAGUCGAAAAGGUUCAAGAAAUUCCAUUAGUUGUUUCCUCCGACUUGGAAUCUGUCACCAAGACCAAGGAAGCCGUUGCUGCUUUGAAGGCUGUUGGUGCUCAUGCUGAUGUCGUCAAGGUUAUCAAGUCCAAGAAAUUGAGAGCUGGUAAAGGUAAGUACAGAAACAGAAGAUUUACUCAAAGAAAAGGUCCAUUAGUUGUUUACGCUGAAGACAAAGGUUUGGUCAAGGCUUUUAGAAACAUUCCAGGUGUUGAAACUGCUAAUGUUGCUUCUUUGGGCUUAUUGCAAUUGGCCCCAGGUGCCCAUUUGGGUAGAUUUGUUAUCUGGACUGAAACUGCUUUUGCUAAGUUGGAUCAAGUUUGGGGUUCUGAAACUGUUGCUUCUGCUAAAUCUGGUUACUCCUUGCCAUCCAACGUUGUUUCUUCCACUGAUAUCACUAGAAUUAUCAACUCUUCUGAAAUUCAAACUGUUGUCAGACCAGCUGGUCAAUCAACUCAAAAACGUUCUCAUGUCUUGAAGAAGAACCCAUUGAAGAACAAACAAGUUUUGUUGAGAUUGAACCCAUACGCCAAAGUUUUUGCUGCUGAAAAGUUAGGUUCCAAAAAGAUUGAACAAGCCAAAGCUAAAGCUGCCGGUGCUGAAUUCAGUUCUACUUUGAAGCACGAUUAG